CGUGUACUUGUGUGAAAAUGAGCAGAAAGAAGCAGUGUCAGUGUUUUAGCUCAGAACUGGAGGAGAAAUGGAAGAGAGAGACAACAAAAAUAACUGAAGAUAAAUUUAAAAAUUUUAUAAAUUCAGUUUUAGAUUCCAAGGACUUAUCAACACAAUUAUCCAGCGUUAAAAAGGUACAGGUUGAUAUUUUAGCUAUAAGAUCCGAAAAUCAUGUUAACACUGAUUCUGAUCACACUGAUCUGAUCAUAGUCCUUAAUGUUUUGGUUCAAAUGCAUUCAGUUUGUGAGCCACGCCAUCCAUUGCAAAGAACAAUUGCAAGUACCAUUACAGCUGUAUGGCAAUUCAAACCUCUACUAAUUGAGGCGGCCAUUUUGAAUACAUUAAAUGGAUUAAUUAAUACAGUAGGUGUGGCUAAUGAACUAAUUGAUUACGUCCAGUCGUUAAUGGAGUAUUAUCCUCCUGGGGGGAGGGUACUCCAUAUUGCUCUGCCACAAGUUAUUAAUUGGCUAACCUUGUCAUUUAAAGAAUACUGGAAAUCUUUUUUAAAGUCGAUUGAAUUUCAAAAUCUUCUAUUUUCUUUGUCUAAAGUUUUACUUAACAUUCUUCAUUUUUGUAAUCGUCUACUAGUGGCAUUAAUCCAAUCAUGUGACUCUGGGUCAUGUGACCUUGAUGACAUCAUCAUUACAUCAUCAAAGAGCCUAACGGUACGCCCAAGUGAAAUCAAGUGGUCGAAUGGGAGGGACACUGGUCAACUGGUACAACAACUUAAAGAAAUACAAAUAUUGACAGAUAAUAUUCUAAAAGAAACAAGUAUUCAAAUUUCAAGGGACACUCGUAUUUCGGUUGCCAUGGUCUCCAUUGUUGUCAUAGCAACCCUCUCUCCUUCUCUUCAACCUGUUCUCCCUCCACUAGCAAAGAAGUGGCUCACAGAAGGAGAUUACUGCUAUCCUCCAUUAAGCAGACUAGCACUAGUCCAUGGGCUGUUGGCUAAGUUGUCAGGAAAAGAUUUGUUAUGUAUCAAGAUGGAGGAGAAGGAUGAAAGAGGUGGGGGAGACAGAAGUCAGCCAUUUUUAUUGUGGCUGUUCCCAGUACUGACUGGAUUAAUGAAGGAUCUCACAGAUUCUUCUGACAGAUAUGUUGCUGCUCGUACUUUAUCUCAUUGGUCAACUGUCUUAAGUAGUGAAGUAUUAACAUUCAUUAAUAUCAGUGAUACUGAUCUAUCACCUGAUGGUACACUGAUCAGUAAAUUAAUGGAGUAUAUAUGGACUCACUGGGAAGAGCCUAUUGAUGUCAUCAGACAUCAGUGUAGGCUAAUAUUUGAGAACCUUGUUAGUAUUUACGUCAAAUUAAAAGAAAAAGAUGCUAAAUUUGAGCGCUAUCUCCAAUCACUUUGUUCAACACUUCUUUCAUUAAGUUCCCCAUCACGUGGAAAGUAUUCUUUAUUAUCGGCAGUAUCUCCCCACGUUAGUGCCUCCUUGUUACUCUCCCUCUCUCCUUCUCUACCAGCUGAACUGAUGGGUACUAUGGGACAACAGAGUCUUGCUUGUAAGGCUGGAGAAUUGUGGAGUUUAUUGAUAAAGUCUCAUUUUGUUCAGACAGAGCCGGAAAACUGGAAAAAGGUGUGGCUAUAUCCGCUAAUUAAUACAUUAUUAAUUGGUGGAUCUUUAGCUAAAGAACACGUUAAGCAGUAUUGUAUUGGGUCUGUGUUCCUGGCCACACCUACAGCUUUGAGGCUAGUUAACGAAGCAAUAGAAGAAGUAUCACGUGACGUGUCAUGUGAUCAAACUGACUCGAUUUCACUUGCUUUUAGAGUUAUUUGUGAGAGCAAGUCCAUGACUAGCCUACCACCUGUCUAUCAGUUGCAGGUGCUCCUUGAGACCUUACAAUACCACAUGAACUCCCAGUCUCUCUCGCUAAGGGAACAAGUACUGGCUGGUUUGUAA